ACAAACUAACAGGUGUCCUCCACCUCCUCCUCCAGUCACAUCACAGGGGGGCUGUGUGUCCACGCUCUCUCUCUCUCUCUCUCUCUCUCUCUUCUCUCUCUCUCUCUCCAGCAACUGAUCUGAACGCGUCUCCUCACUCCAUUUCGACUUCACAACUUUUAUAAAAGAACUUUUCAUACACCUCCACAAAUGAUGCACUCGGCGCAGAAAGACACCACGUUCACAAAGAUCUUUGUGGGAGGUCUUCCUUAUCACACGACUGACUCCAGUCUGAGGAAAUACUUCGAGGUGUUUGGAGACAUCGAGGAGGCUGUUGUCAUCACAGAUCGACAGACGGGGAAAUCCAGAGGUUAUGGAUUUGUGACCAUGGCAGACCGGGCCUCUGCUGACAGAGCAUGCAAGGACCCCAACCCCAUAAUAGACGGCAGGAAAGCUAAUGUAAACCUGGCCUACCUGGGGGCUAAACCAAGGGUCAUCCAGCCAGGAUUUGCAUUUGGUGUGCCUCAGAUCCAUCCAGCAUUCAUCCAAAGACCUUAUGGAGUACCUGCCCACUACGUGUAUCCACAAGCCUUUGUCCAACCCAGUAUGGUGAUCCCUCAUGUGCAACCUUCUGCAGCUUCAGCAGCAACAGCUGCUGCUGCCACUUCUCCAUACCUUGACUAUACUGGAGCAGCUUACGCCCAGUACUCUGCGGCUGCUGCUGCCACUGCUGCUGCAGCUGCUGCAUAUGAGCAGUAUCCGUAUGCUGCCUCACCAGCACCAACAAGCUACAUGACCACAGCAGGGUAUGGAUACACUGUCCAGCAGCCACUAGCCACUGCUGCAACCCCCGGAGCUGCUGCUGCUGCUGCGGCCUUCAGCCAGUACCAGCCUCAGCAGCUGCAGACAGACCGCAUGCAGUGAAACCUGGAAAAUUACUUUAAAGGAAGACAGCACAGGCGGUCACACCCCUACCGUGAAGAGGGAAACAUGAGGCAAGGGAAGACCGACGAGGUUGAAUGAUGGUUGUCACUCCCAGGUUUUGACUUAGCAGUUCUUCUACCAAAGAGCCCGAACAAAAUCACCAAAACAUGUGGAGACAAAUGAGUCAUUACUGUCAAUUUUGUGAGAUCAGUAUUUUGUCAUUAUUGAAUAUAAAUGAAUAUUUAAUAUUUAUUCAGCAGUAAAAUAUUUAACUUUAAUUGAAGGAGACUCACUUUACCCUUAUGUCAACCAUUACUAGAUUAUCUAGUGUAUAUAUAUUGCAGUGGAAUUUGUAAAGAAAAAAUCCCCAGUACAUUCAUGUUUUAUAAUCCAGUUUCUUCCCCAACACUUUGAAAAAACAAAAACACUUACAACUGUAUGAUUGCAUGCCAGACCAUCAUGCAAGCUGAAUUAUUUCAUAGUUUUGGAACAGUUGUUCGGUAGAGCUAUGCAGACAUUGAUAAAGCAGUCAGUGUUUAGUUUGGAUUCUUUCCUAUUUUAUAACAGUUUGGUGUGAGAUAGUUUAGACACCUUUGUAUGUACGACAAAAUGCUGGAGUGACAGCGGAAGCUCCCGCUUUAAACUGCACCUCAAGCAAGCUCAGCAAAUGGGAAGAACCAUUGUUGAAUGUGAAUCUCUCAUUUUCAUUUUGACUAAAUAUUUCAUAAUGUGCCUUUUUAAAUUAUGCUAUUUAUGUAUUUAUUAUGGAGCCUUACAGUUAAAAAAAAAAAAAAACACUUUGUUUUGUGUUCAUGUCAGUAUGAAGCCUACUAUAGAACUUUUCCACAUGUGCUGCUGCAUUCUGAUCAAGAGCAAAUGAAGGAUGUCUAAACUAGGCAUGACAAAGCAGAACACUGUGUAUGAAGAACAAAAUAUGUGUGGAAGCAAAAAGUCCAGGAGUUUCUGUUUUCUGUAGAUUUGAUGUUGUCGUCUCGAAUAGAUUCUUAAUUCUUUAAUAUCUCUUUUUAUACUUGAGCAGUUUGAUAAAGGACGCUGUGAAAACUGUUGACUUUCUAAAGUUUUUUUUUACAUUUGGUGUCAUUAGACAUUAGAUGUUUUCUAAUGCAAGGAAUUCACCUUUCCCCCCUUGCACUUUCUAAUGCA